GACACCACUUUGGCCAUUGACGAAAACUGUUGCCGAAAAUCUGACCCAGUCUGUACCUUACCAAUUUCCAUUAGCGAACUGUCCAAAACCCCCCAACAAAACUCCUUCCGUGCACGAUCUCCUCUUCUGUUUCUCUCUCCUCUUCACUUCGAUAAUCAACGACCGUGUCUAUAUAAUUAAUAUAUAUAUAUAUAUAUAUAUCAAUUUGUGUUUCAUUUUGUUUGAAAUUAUCCCUAACAACAGUAACAGUGCGUUGUUACUUGUUGCAAUGUCGUGGUUGAGAUCUGCGGUGAACAAAGCCGUGGAGGUUGGGAACAAGAACAACCUCACUCGCACCGUCAAGAACUACGCUGACACUGUCGUCCAACACGCCGGUCAAGCCGUCGCUGAAGGCGCCAAAAUCAUCCAAGAUCGCAUGGGGCCACGGAAUUUUAAAAGCUUUAGGCUUACUGUUAAAAGAUUAGAGGAAGCUUCUGUUUCUUCUAGGGGACCGGAAAGAAUUCAGUUGGUGAGAAGAUGGUUGGCUGCACUGAAAGAAAUUGAGGAAUUAUCUCAGAUUCCCCUUGAAAAUAAAGAAAGGAACACUGAGCAGCAGCAUCCUUCUGAAGAAAUGAAGGAUACUCCUAAAAAACCAUAUUUAGUUCACUAUUAUGACUCUGAUUUGGGGGGCGAACCAAUGAACUUUCGGGAUGUUUUUCUCUCCAGUCAAGCUUUGGAGGGCAUAGCAAUAUCUAUGAUUCUUGAAGCACCUAAUGAGGAGGAAGUUUCUUUACUCUUGGAAAUGUUUGAGCUUUGUCUUUCGGGAGGAAAAGAAAUCCAUAAUGCGAUAGUGAGCAGUAUACAGGAUCUUGCUAAAGCUUUUUCAAGUUACCAGGAUGAAGUUUUGGUGAAGCGGGAGGAAUUGCUCCAGUUUGCACAAGGUGCCAUCACAGGGUUGAAAAUAAAUGCUGAUAUUGGAAGAAUAGAUGCUGAAGCCUCUGUUCUGAGGAAGACACUUGAUGGAAUGACAACAACUAGGGAUUCUAUUGGUGGUCAUGAAACAGCUUCCAAAGAAUCAACUGCUGCAACAAUGCAGGCUCUGAAAGAAGCUCUUGCACAUAUUCGAGUUUGUUCCAAAUUAGAAGGACUUCUACUGAAGAAGAAAUCAAUUAGUAGUGGAGACUCUUCGGAGAUUCAUGCUCAAAAGGUUGAUAAGUUGAAAGUCUUAUCAGAAUCUCUUGCUAAUUCCUCCACAAAGGCCGAGAAGCGCAUAUCAGACCACAGAUAUCAGAAAGAGGAGGCAGUAAAAUUUCGUGUGGGCAAAGCAACGGAAGUUGGUGAAAUUGAGAAGGAUUUAGCAGUUGAGAUAUCAGGACUUGAGAAACAAAGAGAUGAACUCGAAGCUGAACUGAAAAAGGUCAAUAUCUCCUUGGCUGCUGCUAAAGCACGUCUUCGCAAUGCCAUUGAAGAAAGGGACCACUUUUAUGAAGCAAAUGAUCAGAUUGUUGCACUUUUGAAAACAAAGGAAGAUGAGCUGUCAAGAUCUAUAGCCUCAUGUAGGGUAGAAGCAGAUGUGCUUAGUACUUGGAUCAAUUUCUUGGAAGAUACUUGGGCUCUUCAAUGUUCAUACACAGAGAGCAAGGAGAAGCAGGUCAAUGAUGAAUUGGAGAGACAUGAGGGUUAUUUUGUGAACUUGGUAAUUGAUCUCCUCUCUGCUUAUGAGAAAGAGUUGAGGCCUUCUAUUGAUCGAAUUGGGAAAUUUGUGGAGAACUUAAAGAGUUUAACUGAAGGGUCAGGGAUGGCAGCUAGCGUGGAAAAUGAGGAUACCAAAGCAGUAAACCCAAGAAAAAAUCUCGAGGAGGAAUAUCUAGAUUAUGAGGUUAAGAUUAUAACUACCUUCAGUGUAGUGGAUAACAUGAAAGAACAGUUCUACGCUCAACAAGGGAAAAUCUCCAGGAAAGAUGAUGCAAGAAUCAAAGAGCUAUUUGACAACAUUGAAAAAUUAAGAGAGGAAUUUGAAUCUAUCGAGAGACCAAAUUUAGAAUUGGAGAAUCCAGACGCACAGCCAGAGACUCCACCUUCUGAAAAAUCGCCGGAAACUUCAUCCCGCCUGCCAACGCAAACAACGGACUCUCCAAAAGCUAAGAAAGAUGAGCAUCCCGAGUCACCUGCAGUCAAGGGAGAGCAGGUGCUAGACCCUGAAGCAGAAUUAGCAAAACUAGAAUCCGAAUUCGGGAAGGUUAAUAAAGACUACUCAACAGAAGAAAUCAGCGGCUGGGAAUUUGAUGAGCUUGAAAAGGAAUUGAGAUCCGGCGGCCCAGCAUGAAGCAAAUAGAUCAAAAACAACAAUCAUUCUAUUUAUUUCUAAUAAACAUGCCAGCAACUAUUUGUGUAUGAUAAAAGAUGAGUCUACCCAGCUUUCCUUUAAGCCGCUGUUUGGCUUGGAAGCAGUUCCUUGUAACAUUGGACGGAGUUCGUGUCCAUUUUGUUCAUGUAAAUUCUCAAAACUUGUAUGAUGUAAGUGACUUGAGUGUACAAAAAAACUUGAUCAAAAUGUAAAGAAUACUCUUUAACAUGUCUUAAUUUCCGAGAUGUAUUGUUGAAACAUGUGUGAGAUAUUGUUUAUUUCUGGUAAGUAAUAAUCAACUUGGUGUA